AUCUGUCAGUUUUGUCUUCUUUAUCAAUUUAUGAACGUGAAAUUUGUAAUUAAUUUUUUUUCGGUAUUCUUGUGUUUAAGACUUCUCUGUGAGAAUUCCAUGUAAAAUAAGGGCAAAAUUUCCUUUUUCUCCUUGAAGAACCGAAAACCGUCUUGUUCAUAUCGUAAUUACAAAGAUGUUUAUUAUACCGCAUAUACGUUAUUUGUCCAUUGGGCCACUUGUCCGUUGAGUACCCUCGGCCAACCCAUGGAUGUGAUUUAGCUUUCAGACAUGCCCAAUGGUCCAUCGUCUCCUUUGGGCAGCGUUAAAAUUAAAAAGAAAUCGGCCAAAUCUAAACGGAAUUUGUCCAACCGGAUUAAUUUAAUUUCCAGUCGGCAGCUUUAUGUUGGUGAAAGAAGAAAGUGAUGUGGUGGUGGGUUAGGAUUAACAAAAUGGCUGUUAGCUUUCGUCCAGUCGCCGCCAAGACAUUUGUCUUCACUCUGUGUAUAGGGAUAGUUUUUGGAUUUACUUUCGCUUAUUUACUUCUAAUAACAACAUCCUCGUACAACGUCCAUGACUUCAUACUCUUUCCUGAAAGACAGGUUCAUUUUAGGCCGGAUGCACACUCUCACACUCAUAUCGAAGACGUCGAAGAGAUUGUCGGCAACGUCGGCGAACAUUCAGACAUGGAAGAUUUACACAAAGGUGAAGAUGUAGUAGCAAAAGAACUAGCAGAGAAAGUCAGAGUCUUAUGCUGGGUGAUGACAUCGCCAAAAAAUCAUCAGAAAAAGGCAAAACAUGUUUAUGCGACGUGGGGGAAACGGUGCAAUAUCCUGCUAUUUAUGAGUUCCGCAAAUGAUAGCCAUCUACCGACUGUGGCUCUACCAGUUCAGGAGGGAAGAAACAAUUUGUGGGCAAAGACCAAAGAGGCUUUUAAACACAUUUACUACAACUAUUUCGAUAAAGCUGACUGGUUUAUGAAAGCUGAUGAUGAUACGUAUGUAAUUGUAGAAAAUUUAAGAUAUAUGCUAGCGGAAUUCAACACCUCGGAGCCUAUGUAUUUUGGGUGCAGAUUCAAGCCUUAUGUCAAACAAGGCUACAUGAGUGGAGGUGCAGGCUAUGUGCUCAGUAGAGAAGCCUUAAAAAGGUUUGUAGAAGAUGGACUUCCGAACAAAACAAAAUGCCGACAAGAUGCAGGAGGAGCUGAAGAUGUCGAAAUGGGUAGAUGCAUGCAAAAUGUCAACGUCGUAGCCAUGGACUCAAGGGAUUCGCUUGGAAGGGGGAGGUUUUUCCCUUUUGUACCGGAACACCAUCUAAUCCCAGGCCAUACAGAUCCAAGUUUCUGGUAUUGGCAGUGGAUUUAUUACCCUUCAAAAGAGGGACUCGAAUGUUGCUCAGAUUCUGCAAUAUCUUUCCACUAUGUACCGCCGAACAUGAUGUAUGUUAUGGACUACCUGAUAUACCAUUUAAGGCCGUUCGGUAUCAAUAGGAUCGCUCACGUUCCAAAUUCAAAGCGGCCGGUUAAGCCGACUUCGAAUACAACUUCCGAUGAAAACGACAAUCAAACAUAAAUGUGAUGUGGGCAUUUCAUAUCAUGAAGAAGCUACAGUAUAGCGGUAGGUGAAGAUUGUCGAUAAGACUGAAACGGUAAACUUUUAUUAAAAAAAAAAAAAAAAUGGUAUGGGAUAUUGAUAUCUGAUAUCUGGUGAUAGUUUAGUAUCUUAAUAGCAAUUUUUUUCCUAAAAUUUGAAUAUAUUGUACGAUCAUUAUCGACUUAUUGUCAAGAAUUUUAUUUUUGUAAGCCACUUUAUUAUUCUUAAACUACAAAAUUUGUCUUUUAUUCGAACAAAUUUGAAUUAGGUGUAUGCCUGUCGCCGCUUGGAAUAUAUUGUAACUUUGGCCUUUUAAAGGUCUCUUUAAAAUCUUAAUAUCUUCUCAAGUCUAAAAAAUAAACAUUUCUGCUUUUGAGAAGAUUUUUGAACAUUAUUUAUGAUAUUAAAUAAAACAUUACAAUAGAAUGAUUUAUACAGUUCCUAAUAUAAUGCCAUAUACAAAAAAAUUAUAUGUAUUGCACAGUGAAAAUUCAGUUGACAAAGCUGACCUGAAUUUUUUAUUUAGUAAAAAUGAAAAUCAAACAAAGCAUUAUGCUUUUUUCCACAAUAACAAAGGUCAUAGCAACCCUCAGGGUGUAUAUGUUUGUGAAAAAAAACAUUUGUAAGUUUGUCAAGGACGCAGGACCU